GAGGAGGAGGAGGAGGAGGAGGAGUGCAUGGAUUCUCACUGUCACUGGUGAACGACUGUGCGUGCGCCGAACAGAAGAACGAGGCAUGGCUGGGAAGCCAUUCCGGGCUACCCAAAUCUGGAGCAGCAUCAUCUCCAACCUCCACACUCACGUGGAGGUCAAGCGCCGGCGGCACAAUCUCAAGUCGUACCAGGACUGCUUCCUAGGCUCUGAGGCCGUGGAUGCUGUUUUGGCGCACAUCACCUUGAAUCACUUCUUCGGCGACGAGGCCGUCCCUCGCCAGAAGGCCGUCCGACUUUGUCAAGCCCUGAUGGACUCGAAGGUCUUUGAGCCGGUGGGCAUUAAAGUGUUUGGCAAGGAAAAGAAGCGGGCCACUUUCGAGGACAGCAGCUGUAGUUUGUACAGGUUCACGAGCCCUGAGACGGGCUUAUCACCGCUGAACAACACCAAGUCCAACUCCACGGGGACCAUAGAGAGCGGCUAUGACUCUCCCGGCAUAAACAGGAACAAGAACAGCUAUAGUCCAUUAUGUGAAAGACAAGAAGUGCCGUCGUACUCCACUCACUCCCCUGUAAGAAUAGGCAAACCAGUGGAGGACGUGCUGAGAAAUAUCAACCUGAGCUCGGCCAUCACGCCUCAAAUGAUCAACUUGGGCCUCUCACGGGAGCUGGUGGCUGAGGUGUGGCAUCAGCAGGCUGUGUGCAGGCUUCUGCAGUUGAUUGAGCUCCCGCUGCUGGAGAACCUACUGGAGGGCAGGGAUGCCUCGCGGACUUCUUUGCAGGCCGUGGACAGCGACUCAGACCUGCUGUUGACAUCAGGCUACUUGGACAGAGAAGUGCUCAAGGCCUUCAGUGAGGCACAGGCAGAUGAAUGGAUGUCUGGUGCCUUGGACUGCCUGGAGUUCGUCCCCGACGACCAAGUGGCGGAGGUCAGUAAAGGUCUGGCCGGCUGCGCGAACGACCUCAUUGAGUGUAAGAGGCUGCUCUACCAAGUCCUGGCUAAGCAUUACGUACAAGCCGACCAGCCGCCUCUCCUCUGCAACCACGUGUUCGACAUCCACUCGGGCAUCUCGGAACUUCUCGUAAACGGCAAGCUGGAGCAAGCUCUGGAGGCACUGCAGCUCAGCGUGAAACUGCAGGACUCUCGCUGCAGGGAGGAGCUGCGGCGGCUGCUCAGGUUCAUGGCCAUCGCCGCUAACGCGCAGGACAUCAAACUGCACAAAGAGAUCGAGAACCGAAUGGCAGUGAAGAGGUCGUUCUCCAGCGCCAUCGUGUACAGCAAAAGACUCUCCAAAGGCAAAGUGGACCUGAUGGUUCUGUUUCUGAUGGACAACCACUGCGAUCUGUUUAAAGUUCCAGUUUCAUUACACAAGAUGGUCAGCGACAGAUUAAAGAAUAUCAUUAAAGCGAAGGACGCGGAUAUGAUAACAGGUUCGACAUAUUGCACAAGACAGAACGCAAAGACUUAUUCGGAAGAUGCAGAAAAACACACCAAAGAGGAAUUGUGGUCGUUACUGCGGACAAUCCACGAGAACCCAAACCUGCCCAGCAAGGAAAAGAGACGUUUGCUAGCACAAUUUUACAAAGGCCACCCGGACAUUUUUGUGCAGUAUUUUGGCAAUAAAUUAUCAAGCAUGAACAUGUUGAUACAGUAAUAAUAAUUGGUUAAAUAGAAAGAGUGGAGCCUUUGUGACUGUGAAUGUGGAUUUGAAAGGAUUAAGCUGUGAAAAGUGGGACAAUUUGGAGUUUAACCCAAAUGUUGUGGUGAAAAAAAUAUGCCUCAGAAGUCAAAGAAAGCUUGGAAUUCAAACCAUAAGGGUGAUUGCAGCAUGUUGUUACAAACUUCAGCUAAGUAGGCAUCCAAAGUGUUAAGCUUUUUCUUUAACUUCUUCUUUGUGAUGCCAUCACAAAUACGUGAUAACGAUAGACCAGUCAAUGGACAUUACUGUGACAUACAAAAGCAUCUGGCUGCUCAGCACAUUAUGAGCAAUACAACCUUAAGUUUUGUUUGUUUGUUUUAA